GGCCAUGUAUCUCACAUAAGUUCUCUUCGGGUUUACUCCAGCCAAAACACGCUCUCUCUCUCUCUCUCUCUCUCUCUCUAGAUACUGAGGAAAAUGCAGCCCACAGCUGAGAUUAACCAACGAAUUGCCAGGAUUUCAGCUCAUAUCAACCCUCCCAAUCUACAGAUGGAGGGAAGCUCCAGGUUGAGGCCUGCUGUUUGUCGAUCAAAAGGUGGGGCAUCUGGAUUCAAAGUUGCAAUCUUGGGUGCUGCUGGGGGCAUAGGCCAACCACUUGCAUUGUUGAUGAAGAUGAAUCCAUUGGUUUCAGUUCUACAUCUGUAUGAUGUUGUCAAUUCUCCCGGUGUUACGGCAGACAUCAGUCACAUGGACACGGGUGCUGUGGUACGUGGAUUCUUGGGGGCACCGCAAUUAGAGAGCGCACUUACAGGAAUGGACCUUGUUAUCAUUCCAGCCGGUGUUCCGAGGAAGCCAGGAAUGACGAGGGAUGACUUAUUCAAUAUCAAUGCCGGAAUUGUUAAGACUCUUUGUGAAGGAGUCGCUAAGUAUUGCCCUCAUGCAAUUGUGAAUGUGAUCAGCAAUCCGGUGAAUUCUACUGUCCCAAUUGCAGCGGAGGUUUUCAAGAAAGCUGGUAUGUUUGAUCCCAAACGGCUUUUGGGAGUGACGAUGCUCGAUGUAGUGAGAGCCAAUACAUUUGUGGCUGAGGUAUUAGGAAUUGAUCCCCGGGGAGUUGAUGUCCCAGUUGUUGGUGGCCACGCAGGGGUUACAAUCUUACCCCUUCUGUCUCAGGUUAAGCCUCCAUGCUCCUUCACUGCAGAAGAAAUUAAUUACUUGACAGAUCGGAUCCAGAAUGGUGGCACAGAAGUUGUUGAGGCGAAAGCAGGGGCUGGUUCCGCAACACUAUCGAUGGCAUAUGCUGCAGCUAAAUUUGCAGAUGCAUGUUUGCGCGGCUUGCGAGGUGAUGCUGGCAUUGUUGAAUGUUCAUUUGUGGCUUCUCAGGUCACGGAGCUUCCUUUCUUUGCAUCCAAAGUACGACUAGGCCGCAAUGGAGCAGAGGAGAUCUACCCUCUAGGGCCACUGAACGAAUAUGAGAGAUCCGGCUUGGCAAAGGCAAACAAAGAGUUAGCAGCAAGCAUUGAGAAAGGAAUAUCUUUUAUUAGGAAAUGAUCAAUGGAGAGAGAUGGUUGAUGGGUCACCUCCUAGGCCCCACCAUACAUUUACUUCGCAGGCCUCAACUAUAGGAAAACCACUAAUCACAUGUUCUGGCGCUUCAUCUGGCUGAUCAGCUGCAGUGGAGCAUAAUGAGAAUAAAUCCUGUCAUGGAUCAUGGGUCAUGUGGGAUGUAUUGUGUGUUUGGUCUCGACUGAAAUUUCGUCUUUCAAAAUAAAGAUAGCUCAUGAUGGAUGGCUUCGGCCCUGUGUUUUGCA